UCCAACUCUUUAGGAACCAUGGCCCGAGGAAAGAGCAUGUUGGACGAGAUCAAAAAGGAACUAGAAUGCCCGGUGUGCCAGGAACAAUUCAGCGAGAACAAUGAACCGAAAAUUCUCAAAUGUCAACACACGUUUUGCAAAUCCUGUCUUAACGGCUGGUUACGACGGCACGGUGGAGGAAGGUUGAGUUGCCCAAACUGUCGAGUGAUUACCGAAUGUCUCAACGACAAUAUUGACUGCUUACCGACCAACCUUGGAUUUAAGAAUUUGGGAGUUAUCUUAGAAGCCCACGGUGACUUAAGCAACGGUGACCGUCGAGACAUCAGAUCACAGGAAGAGAACAUAUGUGAGCUCCAUAGAAAGAAACUUGAACAUUACUGCGAACAAUGCCAGAUUUGCAUAUGCUCUGAUUGUGUUAUUGUUGAGCAUCGGGAUCCGAAAAGUCACCAAAUCGUGUCUAUAGAACAUGGAGCGAAAAUUCAGGGCGUAAUUAUCACAGAAAAACUUAGAUCUCUGGAAGCGAUCACUUCCCGCUUUAGGCGCGAUAUUGCUACUUUGUUGGAAAGGAGAGAUAAAUUUAACACUAACAUAGAGCAGGCAGUGAAAGAGCUCCAUAAGGCGGCGGAAAGCUGCAGAAAUUUGAUACGCCAACAUGAAGCUAGCGUGACGGAGCAGCUGGUGAGGGAGAGAUCGCUUUACGAUAAUACUAUUUCCCAGGAGUUGUCGAAGCUAACUGGCAAACUGGAGAUUAUGGCUAGCGUUGCGAUCCGUGGUAAAACGAUUCUUGAAAACCGUAACAUAGAGGAAAUGAUAACCAUGAAACAAAUACUCGAUGAAUUGACUUCAGAUAAAGUCAGACCGCUGCUCAGAUAUCCAGACGUAAAAUACACCCCAAGUGCACACCCUCGAAACUUACCUACUGGAAAGCUGUUUAUAACUCACACAGAACCUUCUAUGAGUGUGGUCACUGGUGAAGGCCUGACAAGCGGUAUACAAUCACAGGAAGCCAAUUUUACGGUGAUAACAAAGGAUUCAACGGGUCAGACAACUUACAGUGAAAUUGACAAAGUCAUCGUUGAGAUUACGUCUGUACGGAAGGGAAUAAAAGACAUUCCAGUUGUUAUGAAAGAAUUGAAAGACGGUCGAUAUUCUGUUUUCUAUACACCAAAUUCUUUUGGCGAAUUUCGGGUUUCAAUCAAAGUCCGAGAGGAACCAAUUCGAGGGAGUCCCUUCAAACUUCGAAUUCAAAAAAUUCCGAAGCCUAUUGUCUUUGAAGGGAGUUCUAAAUUUCAAGGCGUAAAGCUCCACAGAGAUUGGAUUCCUCAGCCAAGAAAUCGACAAGGGGUCCUGCUUCCUGCUUACUGGAUUCCACAACCAAAAGACUCCCAGGGCGUAGAAAUGACUGUACACCUUGUUGAGCUGGAUCCUGAGAAAGACUCGCAGCAGUACAAGAGAGUUCAGGACCGAUUCCAGCAAACCUGUUCCGGCAACCAAAUUGUAAAGAUAGAACGAGUUCAAAAUCCAGCUCUCUAUGGCUCGUACAUGAUCCGAAAACAGGAGAUGGAUGAGACUAAGGGAAGCAACGAGCAGUGGUUAUUUCACGGAACUCCGGGUAAUAACUGCAAAUUAAUAAAUCACACAGGUUUCAACAGAAGCUUUCAUGGCAGAAAUGCAGCCGUGUAUGGAAAUGGCGUGUAUUUUGCUGAAGAUGCCUCCUAUUCAGCUCGGUCAACCUAUUCACCAGCCGACGCGAGUGGUCUGCGGUACAUGUAUUAUAGUCGAGUCCUGGUUGGUGAGUAUACGCAAGGAAAACGACAUUUCCUCACGCCUCCAGCAAAGAAUCCAAAUGAUCCAACUGACAUCUAUGAUAGCGUGGUGGAUCAAAUCCCCAACCCGAAAAUCUUUGUUUUGUUCUAUGACUCACAGUGCUACCCAGAGUACUUGAUUACCUUUCGCUGACCCGCACACGGUUUUCGGCGCUAUUUAGUGUAACACAACAUGUGCUUCUUUGAAUAGCUAGGAAACAACAACACUAAGAUAUUUGGCCGACAUUUCAAUGGGUAGAUGUCGUUAGUCUCCCCAUUUUAAAGCUUGUUUUGUUUUAUUUGUUUUUCCUUUUUUCGUUCUUUUGUUAUUUGUUUGUUUUUGUUAUCAUUACUAUUAUUUUUUUAUUUUAUCAUUGUACUCUAAACAUUGAGUAUUAUCUUUAUUUCAAGUGCUAAAAUCUAUUUACAAUGGAAUCUAUAAUUCUAUAUUUUUUUACAUAU